AGGUUCCCAAUGGUGAUGCCUUUUUAAUUUUUUCUUUUUUCUAUUUAGCGUGCUUAAAGGCCCACAACUUGAACAGAACAUGACACUUCUCCCUCGGAAUAAGAAAAACAUGAAUGAUUGAUCUAAUACACAAACGUACCAGCUUGAUCAUCUUAUCAGCUCAUAAUUUUUAACAUUCUUCUCAGUGUUGGUGGUUUCAGUUUUGCUUUAGGAAAAAGAAAAACAAGAAGCUUGAUGGUACUUUCCCACUAUCCUUCUUGGUAUUUGUUAUCUGAAAUCAAGGAAGCUGUUUCUAUUGACUAACUGGAUCACUAUAUUUCAGCAGAUGGUUUGCUUCAUGUCUAGCCAGCCAUAUGGAUCCUUAAUUGCUUACAUGCACAUGUAGCAUAGUCAUGAAAACCUAGAAGAAUUUCUCUCAAGUGUUGCGCAAGUGAUGGUUCUGCAAUGGCAAAGAAGAAGAGCUGGUUCAAUCUGGUAAAAAGAUUCUUUACUUCCGACACAGGUUCAAAAUCUGAAAAGGAGAAGAAGAAAAGGAAAUGGAUAUUUGGAAGGCCAAAGAUCAAAGGGUUGCCUAACAUCGCAGCAGCGCCAUCGAUAGCAUCACAAGGCAGAACGCUUAGUGAAGCAGAGGAAGAGCAUAGCAAGCAUGCUCUAACAGUAGCCAUUGCCACAGCUGCUGCGGCGGAAGCAGCUGUGGCUGCUGCUGAGGCUGCAGCUGAGGUUGUGAGACUUACUGGAACCCCUGAAUCACUUCAUCAAUGUGAAAGAGAAAAAGGAGAAGACUCCCCCAUUGAAAUUAAAAUUGAUGCUCCUCAGUUAACUAAUCAAUAUGAGAGGAAGAUCCAGGAACUUGCUGCCAUUAAAAUUCAAACUGCAUUUCGGGGUUACCUUGCAAGGAAAGCUUUGAGGGCAUUGAAGGGCAUAGUGAAGCUUCAAGCGAUUAUUAGAGGUCAAAACGUGAGGCGCCAAGCUAUUACUACUCUCAAAUGCCUGCAGUCCAUUGUAAAUAUCCAGUCACAGGUCUGUGCAAUGAGAUAUGGAAUGACAGGUGCUUGGCAUUGUGAUGCAUCUAAACAGUUGCAGACUCUGAAGGACAAGAUCAUUAAGAUGGACUCAAACAGUCGAAGAAGAUGGGAUGACAGCACUUUGACAAAGGAAGAGGCAGAUGCAUUGUUCCAAAGCAAGAAAGAAGCUUUUAUCAAGAGAGAACGGGCGAAGGAAUACGCGUUCAGCCAUAGGAAAUCAGCUGAAUCAGAACAGAACAAGGUUAGUGGAAGAUGGAGAUUCUGGCUAGAGCAAUGGGUCGAUACACAAGUAAUGAAGAGUAAAGAGCUUGAAGAUUUGGACACAGUGUGGACUUCAGAUAGAAAGGCAAAAGAAGAAUACGUAGGAAAAGGGCUGAGACUGAAAAAUCUCCAGAGACAAUAUCAGGUUGAAGGAUUGGAUUCACCAUCAUUAGUUCAGCAAAGGUCAAUGCAUCGAAGGAAGUGCUCACUCGGAGAAGAAAACUCAUUCUCUACCUCUCCUGUAGUUCCAACAUACAUGGCAGCAACUGAAUCAGCCAAGGCAAAAGCAAGAUCAAUGAGCUCACCGAAACUGAGGACUAGCAGUUUUGAUACUUAUUCCGAAAGCUAUUCGCCAUGUAAGAAUAGGCUUUCAUUAGUAUCUCCAAUCAGAAGCGAAGUUUCAAGUUGUAGUAGGAUAGGCACUGGCAGGCCUAGUGUUUAUCAGCAGAGAUCUCCUGGCUUGAAGGGUGUUCAAGGUCCCGUAAAAUCACUUUCAAUCAAGGCAGCGAAUGAUCUCAGCUUUAAUUCAGAAUGCUCUAUACUGAACUGGGAAAGACAAAGUACCUACGGAUGAUUUUGGUGGUUGAGUUUUGAGUGCUAGAAGUCCAAGGAGAAUCUUUGAUUAGUUAAUUUAGUUGGCUUGAAGUCCAAAGUUAGUUCUGUAAUUACUAAUAAUCUGGAUGGAUUAAACAGUAGCACAAUGUCUGUUCCCUUCUCCAAAUAACAGUUCCUUUCAAUGUUCAGAUUCUGCAUAGUCAUAUGAAUGAAACAUCUUAGCAUCUUUGAGA